AAUGGUGAGACACGGCUGGAACACUAUUAAUGACUAGUUGAGUAGGAGGAGACUCCAGAGACAAUUAGGACGAAAGACACAAUAAAAGGCCACUGUUGCUGACUGUUUUAAUAUUGGUGUGCUCAGUGCAAUGAGCAAUGACAACUACAAGGGUAAGUUUAGUACUUGUGGAGCUUUUUCUGAUCUUCAACUAUGUGCGUAGUACACCUGCAUCUCCACAAGCUGUGAAAAUGCCCCCUCAAGCUCCUCAGCUUCCUGGGAAGCCCACUUUACAGCCACAGAUGCCUGGACCGGUUGCAAAAUGCCAAGUGCAAGAUUAUGAAAGGGUUCCUUGUGGAGAACCUGGCAUCAAUGGUGAUCAGUGCACCACUAUAAACUGCUGUUUUGAUGGCCAACAGUGCUAUUAUGGGAAGAUGGUGACUGUCCAGUGUACCCUUGAUGGCCAGUUUGUGCUGGUGGUGGCCAGAGAUGCCACAGUUCCCAGGAUAAGCCUGGAGUCCAUCAGCAUGUUGGGAGGAAACAGUAGACCCUGUAGUCCUGUUGACUCCAAUACAGCCUUUGCUAUAUACCAGUUUCCUGUAACUGCUUGUGGGACAACCAUGAUGGUACAAGGUGGCUAUGUGGUCUAUGAAAACAGGAUGCUCUCUUCCUAUGAAGUUGGAGUUGGACCCCGAGGGGCAAUCACCAGAGACACUCACUAUGAGCUUUACUUCCAGUGUAAAUAUUCAGGUGUUGGCUUAGCCACUCUGGCUAUUGACCCUUCAGCCAAUGCUGAUCCUCCAUCCGUUGUUGCUUCUGGACUACUCCAAGUAGAACUAAGACUAGGAAAUGGUCACUGUGUUGCCAAGGGAUGUGCAGAAGAUGAAGUAGCCUAUACCUCGUACUAUAGUGCUGCUGACUACCCUGUGACUAAGGUACUGAGGGAACCAGUGUAUGUUGAAGUGCACAUGGUGGGAAGAACUGACCCAAAUAUUGUCCUGGUUUUGGGAGGCUGCUGGGCGACUGCUUCCCCUAACCCCUACAGCCUUCCCCAGUGGGACCUUCUGGUGAAUGGGUGUCCAUACAAGGAUGACCGCUAUUUGACCAAACUGAUGCCAGUUAAUGGGAUGUCUGGACUUGCAUACCCUACCCAUUACAGACGCUUUGUCCUGAAGAUGUUCACGUUUGUGGAUCCAGACUCUAUGGCUCCAAUGCAUGAGACGCUCUACAUCCACUGCAGUACAGCUGUAUGUCUUCCAACUGCACAAGACUCCUGUGAACCCACAUGUGCCAGAAGAAGAAGAGAUGCUGCUGCAGGAGGCUCUCCUCACACCUCAGGAGUAGUGUCUAGUGGAGGUGUGAUCUUUACCCAAGGCUCCUCACCUCACUUUGUGUAAAGUUAUGGCGAAUAAAGCUUUUUUUUUUUUUUUUUAACUUUCAAUCUGGCUGUUUGAUUCAAAUGUUCUGUGUACAAGCUGAGUCUAGCAUAUCCAUCUAUGGUGGGUUCAGAGUUGUGAUCACAGGAGUAACAUUUGUGAUUUUACAUGUAACUUCAGUGUGUUGGUUUGUACAUGGUGCUUACUCAUAGCUGUAAUCCAGCAUGACUUGCAGAUGAUGGCUGGGGGGUGAAUUUUUAUUGUGAAACUUGAAUGUGUUGCUGUCUUGAUCGGAUUUAAGAGAGUACAAUGUCAAUAGAACCUUCCUGGUUAAGUGGGGGGGAUAAAAGGUACAUCUAUACCUAGGACAACUGACUAAUGUAAACCUAUUGAUUGGCUUUGAAUCAUAUAAAUGGAAAAAUUUCCAGCACUGAGAGAGAAAAGAAGAAUUACUGUCUAUAGCUGCUAUAAUGUAAGUGAGAACAGGAACUAACUUGUUUAGCAUGGGGACUGGCUGUUAAAGGAAAAUGAUCAGCUUUGGGGUGGUAACAGUAAUCCUGCUUCAUCCCACCCUGUUGUGGUUGGUUUUUUUUUUUUUUUUUUUUUUUUUUUUUCCAAUAAAAGUGUCUUAUUCAUAUACCCUACUAAGGAAUGAUCAGAAUAGUUGACUAGACAGCCGGGGCCCAGGCUGCUUUUAACGAGGUUUGGCCUCAACCUUGUGGUAUUGAGGGCGCUCACUAUGGAAUACUUCACCCAGCUCGGGUUUGCCUUACAUAUAACGGUGUUCAGAUGGACUUUGUUUCAGCGGAGGAAACAGGAGACUAUGUUAAACUCUUGAUAUCGGGGUGAAUUGCAUCACCUACACAGUGGAGUCUUUUUCGCUCUUCUAUUUUUUUUUGCACUCGGCCUUCCAGCUCUACAGAAUUCGGAUUUUUAUUGAAGAUAUUGGCGUUGCAUUACUUUGCCUAGAUUUUGUGGACCUUGCUCCUUAAAAUUUACUUCUGUAUUAAUGUGAUUCUCUGUUUUGAUGCUCUGAGCAGGUUAGAGUUUCUGUUUAUUUAAUUUUAUUAGUGUUAUCUCCUCGGCUUUAUGUGCUACAGUGUUAUAUUAUUUGUUACAAGUCUUUAAAAGUUAAGGACAUUAUUUGUUAUUGCGUGCAGACUGUUUAUCAGACUUGAAGUCAGUAGGGGCUUUUUCUCUUACUGGAACUUUUUGUCUUGGUAAUUUUGUUGGUUAGUUCAGCUUACACUGGGAGUUGUUUUCAUAAUGCUGGCAAUGUUCGGUUUCUGUAGGAUACACUGCUCUCAUUUGUUUAUGGAGAUGGGUGUUUGGUGGAUUGUGAGAGUAAGCAGAACAUGCCAAUGCUUUGAAGGAUGUGAAUUGGAACAGAGUAGUGUUAUUUAAUUGAGAAUCUGUUUUUAGAGGAUUUAAACCUAACAUGGUGAACAAAUUAUAUUAUAGAAUUCAGGCAAUUUUACUGGGGUUAUCUCAUAGUGUAGCAAGUAAUCUGGAAAGACCUUUGUAAUAUCAGUCUAAAACUGGAUUUAAAGUGAAGCAAGUUAGUAAAUGAAUCACAUGUAAAUGAGUUAUAUGAAAAUGAAUAAAUAAAUUAAAGACGAAUUAUCAGAAUACAGUCCUAAAGUCCAUGAGCUGUUAGGUGUAGAAGCUACUCAUAAAACCAGAUUUAAACAGAUUGUAUACCCUUCAGUGUGUGAGGUGGCUAAACAUCUGCUACCAUCUACUGGUCAAAAUGAGCAUU